CCUACACUUUCAAAGACAUCAGCGCGAUCUGUGGCCAAUUCUGACCGCACAAUUGCAAUUGUUGAGUAUUUUGCAUUCUAUUUAGUGGCAAUGGAUCUUCUCAAGUCUAUUCUUCCCGAGGCAAAGGGCAUUCUGCCCUAUCACAUGCUUAUCCUCUCUAUCAUUUCCAUUGGCAACUCGCUGCAGACGUAUGCGACCCUACACUUCUCCCGCCGAGUCUACAACGGUCGAUUCAUCCGAAACGCGAAGCUGCCACCGAAGACGGCCACGUUCGAGCCCGAGGACUCAGUCAACAAGCUGGUGUCAGCCCAGAAUGACCCCAAAGCCACUGACCAAAUGACCCCUCUUGCGGGCAGGCUGUUUGGUACCUGGACCCUCAUCACCUGCAUCGUGAGAUGCUACGCGGCCUACAACCUGCACAUUGGCCCCGUCUACACCAUUGCGUACUGGACCUACGUGGUUGCGCUGGGACACUUUGCUAGCGAGCUCUUCGUCUUCAAGAGCAUGACCUUUGGUCUGCCCCAGAUCUUCCCCUUUACUCUGGCUUCUCUCUCCUUGAUCUGGAUGCCUCUUGUUCGUGACCAUUAUGUUACGCUCAACUAGAUGCGACAAUGGGUAUAGACAAGAUCUAUAUAUAGGGUAAAUAUGAUGGUUGCCCCUAAAAAGGUUACACCAUACGGUCUAUAGACAAAAUAGAGAGCGAAAUUGUUUGGGAUU